AUGUACAAUACGACAUGGGACAGUCCCAGCAGGACGUACUUAUGUGGUGGGCGACUGGCGGUCGAACUCAAGUUUGUCGAGCCGAGUGGAAGGCUGGAGGGUUACCGUAGUGCAGUGAAACUCGGUCUUCGGCCCGGUCACGCAGAAACAUGGAGCCGGGCCGAGGGACAGCUGAUACUACCAGUACUACCACUACCACCACUACUACCACACUACCACCACCACCGUCGCCUCACAAGCACCUCCGACGCCACGAUGAACCCACGCGUCGAAGAGGUCAGCGAUUCGGACAGCGAGCCAUCCGAGAUGGACAUCGACGACGUGCCCCAGCUGAUGCGGGCCAUGAACGCCUCCCAUGCGCCCAGCACGGGCAAUACCAGGACGUCGAUGAUGCCCUCACAGUUGCUGCAGCCACAAUCUCCCACCAUCAAGACCUCAUCAGACCGCGAAAAGUCGAAGCAUUAUCAAUGCCUGUACCCCAUCUAUUUCGACAAGGCUCGGUCACGGGCAGAGGGACGGCGUGUUGGCCACAAGCUGGCCGUCGACAGCCCCCUUGCACGCGAGAUGGCAGAUGCAGCCGCGAACCUGGGCCUGCGCACUGUCUUCGAGCCUGACAAGACCCAUCCGAAAGACUGGGCGAAUCCAGGCCGGGUGCGUGUCUUGCUCAAACAUGAGGGCAAGAUGAUGGAUGCCGAUGUCAAGAACAAACAUCACCUCUACAUCCUCAUAUCACAAUAUCUCAAGGCGAACCCCACCCAGAAGGACACGCCCUUCAGACUCCCCAUCGCAGGCUUGCCCAUGCCCAAAGAGAUGCCCGAGCCUGCCAUACCAAAGGGCUGGAAGAUGAACAAGAUCCUGCCGCUGCACUCACCAGCCCUGACUGGCGGCGGUGUAUCAGACAAUUUUCUCAAGGACAUGAUGGCUGAGAUGGACGGCCUCGAUGGCGCUAGUGGGGCUAGCAGUGGCACAGAAUCCAAGAAGAAGAUCAAAGACAAGAAGAAAAAAUGA